GGUAUGUUUACCUGUACCCGGAGCGACCAGCUGAUAAGGGUUUUUUAUUGCAUAUGACGAAAACGGCUAAAAUCUCACACAUUUUCCCUACAUUGCAAUCUUCCUGUUUGAUUUUAGAUGUUUUAUGUAAUAUUAAAAAGAAGAAAGAUGAUACUUGCAUUUUUUCGGAGUUUUAUAUUUCUAUCUUUGUGGAUGAUAGCUAAAGGACACUCAACUAAAGUUUAUCUGGAGGAUUACUGUGGUAAGACCUUGAUGCUCCCAGGGUCCUUUACGCGUCUGAAGCUGACAAGAAAGGAUGACUACCCAGACAACUUUAACUGCACAGCCUCUGUUGUUACCUCUGACGUGACUCAUUCUGGAAAUCCCUCGCGCCUGAUGGUGGUUGUCCAUAAACUAGAGACGAUAUGUCCCGGGGAUAAACUUAGGCUGCUAGAUGGAAACACGUCUACUCCUCUGAAAGCAUUAUACUUCUGUGGAAAACAUGAACCAGAGCAGGCAAUGUACACCGUCGCUUCGCAAUUGACUGUCAACUUUGAAAGUGACGCUUCUCGAAAUGAUGAUGGAUUUGAACUGUAUAUCACACGUUUCCAUUUAGGUAUUUGUGGGGAUGACGAGUUCCGGUGUGCCAAAGGACCAUGCAUCGAUAAAUCGCUGCAUUGUGACGACUAUGACCAGUGUGGGGACGACUCAGACGAUUGUGAAGGGAAGUCCGGACUGGUGGCCGCCAUAAUUGGAGCUAUGUGUCUUGGCUCACUACUCACCCUGAUCGUUUUAUGCUGCUAUUGCCCUAAAUAUCGCAUAUGUUACAACAAAUCAAAAACACAGGGCCAUGUACAACGUACAAGAUUAACGAGAAGCAAAAGUCAUUCGUUGCCGUUUAACGACGCCAAGAUGACAAAACCAGAGAUAGUAUUGUCGAUGCCACCUUCACUUAAACAGGAACCACCACUUUAUACGCUUUCACCACCUGCAUAUUCGGUGGUGGUCAACGAUACAUCAGUGGAUGGAAGCGAAGGACCGCUACCAACCAAAACCCCAAUCAACUAGAAAAUGUGUUAGCUAUUCUAGAGUGAUUUAUGAUUGGUACCUUGUUAUGUGUUAUGACAGCUCUGAUAAACAUUAUACUCGUGGAUGUACAGGACGAUGUUUCUUGUGAUAAUAUUUGAUACUGAUUUGAUGUUGAUUACAAAGUAUGAUAAACAUAAAAUCAAUUAAAAUGAGACGCAAAAAGGAA